CACGUCUGGUUACUUGAAAAAAGAUACGCCUAUCGUUUUAAAACAGAAAUGUACAAACGAAUUACUCUGCUUCUGAAAAUUGCUUUAAUAGUGAUCAAGUAGUUUGUUUUAAUUAGGCCUCCCAAGACUGAGUAGUUUAAAAGCAUAUAGAAUUGGAACGCUACUAAACUGGUGACUUGCCACUGUGACAGAACAGCUAGGCCACUGACGAUACAUUCAAAGUGCUGGCGAGUCCAGGCGAGGAUGCAGAGCGGCCAGCAGGACCCUCAGAGGCAGGAGGAGGAGGACAGGGAGGAUGACAUGACUGGUGGAGACCUGGGGUAUGGGCUGGGCAGGAAGCCUGGUGGGAUUUACGAGAAAGGUGAGAAACCCCAGAAUCCUGACGGCCUCGGCCUGGCUCCCGCUGCGCGCCUGAGGAGGGGCUCCAGCAACAGCAGCGUUUCUUUCAAGUGGACGGCUUACAGCGCCCUGCACACUGUGUUUCAAAAGAGUCUGUCGCUGGACAAGCGUCCAGGACGCUGGAGACUGAACAGUGAGGUUUCCCCAGAUGUGAUGUGUGAUCUGUCCAAUGAAGAGCUGAAGCAGAGGCUCCAGGAGGUUGCAGAGGAGGCAGAGAUCCUGAGGCGUGAACUUGAAGUGACCCAACGGCAGCUUGAAGGAAAAUACGAAGCCUUGAAGAUACUGCAGAGCCGGGCUGUGUUUGACAAAGCUACCACACACACUAAAACCCUGAUUCAGAAAAGCGAAGAAAGAAAUAAGGUCUUAGAAAAGGAAGUAAAUGCGCUGCAGUGGGAAAUUGCAUUCAACCAAGUGCAGUUCAAGAACAUCGAGCAGUCCUGGAAGGAGAAAUACCAGAGGGUGUGCAGUGAAAGUGAGACCCUAAGAGGGGCCCUGGAGGUGAAUGCAAGCCAGCUGCAGGAGCUGAAGUUAGAAAAUUCUUAUCUGAAUCAGCAGCACCGGGAGCUUCUUGCCAUGCUCAGUGUGAAGGAGCAGAAGAUAUUUCAAGAGUCCUUGCCUCCGAGCAGCAGCAGUGUUAGAGAGGGAACAGCUUUAGAGCUGGCUGUGCUAGGAGCAUGCAGCUGCAGUGUCAGUGGAGGGGAGCCCUGUCCUUGCGCCAAAUCAGCAGCCGCCAGCCGCACGCAGGUCCUGCAGCUCAAACAAGAGCUCGACACACAGAGGAAGUGGAAAGAGGAAGCCUUUGUGAUGGCGGACGCAUUCCGAAUUGCUUUCGAGCAGCAGCUGAAGCGCCGCACUGACCAGACUCUGCGACUGAUGGAGGCAGACCCCUUCCUCAGGAAGGAAACCUCAAGAGCAAAGAAGGUCAAUGGCGAAGCGGGCACUCUCACCGUGGGGCAGAAGCUGAAGGGGAUACUGGGUUCCAGUGCAGACUGUGGAAAGCUGGAGGCGCUGGAUGACCCCGUGGAGAUCCUGCGAAUGCUGUUGGAUCUGCUCAAUGACAAGGAGGAGGCUUUGGCACAUCAGAGGAAGGUCAGCUACAUGCUGGCUCACAAUGCUGAAAAGCUGGAAGGACACAUCAAACAGAUGAAAGGCGCAAAUACUCUUGGAAAUGCUGAUUCAGCCGUGGAGAGCGGCACAAAUCAAUGCUGCCACGAGCCCCAGAGCCAGCAGCACUGUCCUGGAACGAGUUGUCACAAACCUGACGAGGGCUUACAUAACGUCAGGGGAGAACUCUGAAAUAAGAAAGACACGCAGCCUCCCUGUCUAUCGGGGGAAGCGCUGCCUUCGCAAGACAACACAACCGUUUCUGAUAUCAGCGAAGACAAGGAUAGAAGCAGCAACAGGCGCAAUGAGCUGCCAAGCCAGCGAGACAGAGCCUGUGAGGUGCCUCCAAGAAAAGAACAUCUCAGGCUGGGCAAGGACUCGAUCAGGAGUGAUCAGCAAUGUUCAGUAUCAUUUCUGACAUUGCACUGGGCGACAGGUCUGGGACUCAUCUUAAAAUGAGCUGUUAACUGGGGUGGCUAACUCAAUGUGCGUGUUAGCUGGUCGAAAGCAUAUUGAAAAUGUGUAUGUAGAAUUUAUUAUUGUUAAUCAAUGAAUACGUCAUUGAUGGUGUGUAACUGAGACAUGCCUUCUGUUUACCAUACAGUUGGGGGACCAGCUGCCAUAACAUUUGGCCUCUCCCAUGACCUGUCUGAUUUGAAUAAGAUGCCAGAUAGGCUGUUCAGCCUCUAAUCAGCCAGCAAGCAGUUUUACUGCAUACUGCCCAUGAGAUCUACGAGUCAGGCAUGGGUCAGGUAUGAACAGUACUGUGCAAAUCAAAUCAAGUGGAAGGGUUAAUUAUAGUAGCAAUAGUAACUAAUGAUCUCUGUCUAUUUUAAUAUAGCGGAAAGCUCUCUUAAUGUGAAACACUAUUCCUUGUGCCAAACACAAUAUUAUAUUAUAGAUUAGUCUGGCAACAGAUUUCAAUCGUGUGUGAAAAUGAUGGCUUUUGAGGCUGGCUUGCAAAGGAAAAAUAAAUUGAGAGGAGAGGGUUGUAAGGGUUAACCUGCAUCUGCAGUAGCUUGGCGUGAUGUUGGAGGGGAGGGGGGUUACCUUUUCCACAAAGAUAGCUGCUCUGGUCUGUAUAUGAGAAGCACAAUAUAUUUAUUUUAAUAGGAUCAUUCUAUAGAAAGGGAUCAACACAAAUGUUAACGGCACUCUUAACAGUAGUUACUUUAUUACCAUGCCUAAGUUAGGUUUUAUUUUUUGUGUUAGUUUUUAAUGCAUUAUUUUUAAUAGGACACACAUCAAUUUGACUGUGUGGGGAAUAUUGAAUGAUUAUGGUACAAUUGGUAUGUAACAAGUAUGGGACUGUUCCUAAUUUAAACAGUGAAUGUAGGAAAUGUAAUCUCCCUGUACGUGUUUAGGUUUCUUGUUGUGCUUUUAAGAGAUGGUGGAUUAAUCUGAAUCCAGAGAGUGUGUUUGCCACAGAAUAGAAGUGUAUGAAACUGCUUCCCUGUGUUUGCCAUGUUGACUCCAGCUCCUCUGUGUUUAGCACACGUUGCUAAUUCUCUGGUGGAGCCACAGUGGCGUCUUAUCUGCAUAUAUUGUAACCCUGGUGACUCGUGUCUGUUUACCUGGCAUGUUUCACCUCCUCAGGGCACAGCAAGGUUCAGCACUCGCCUGCUGUUCACAGAUUGUGAUCGGCUUACUCUGGGUGCAUAACCCAACGAAACCCACGUGCUGUCAUGAACCAUCUAAUCUGUGUUUAAUGGACAUACUUGGGUACUCUCCAAUUUGAAUUAGAUCCACUUUUGGCUAACAUUUUACAUCAUUUUACACUCAGUUUUUGCUGAGUAAAUUGUUAUGUGUUUAUAUAUAUA